GGUGCUGGUGGGGGGCACCCGCCUGCGGGACCCUCAGGAGGUUCUGAACAGGACGGGGGGGCUGGGGCUGCUCGUGGGGCCCUUCCUGAAGGUGGUGGAGACCAACCUGCCUGGGGACAGCAUGGCCAGGGAGCUGAGGGAGCUGCUGAGCCCCAAAACCGGCCUGGGCUGGACUAUUGGGACCCCCUGGGAGGCCUGGGGGAGCCCCCUGAGGACCCCCCAACUGCUGCUGCUGGUCUGGGGGCUCCCCGGGACCCCCGUGCUGAGCUACGGGGACGAGGUGGGGCUGCAGCGACCCCCCGGCAGCAAGGGCAACACCCCAAGGUUCAUCCUCAGCGGGUCAACCCCCCCUUUGUCCCCCUACCCCGAGGCCGCGUUUGGGGGUUCCCCACCCCCUUUUCUGACCUCUCCUCCCCUCCCCCAGUGGCAGGUGCUGGAGCUGUGCCGGGCCCUGGGCGGGCUGCGUGCCCGGGAGCGGUCGCUGUCGCUGGGGGAGGCCGAGGUGGUGGGGGCCGGGGGGGCCGUGGCCGUCCUGCGGCGCUGGGACCAGAACGAGCGGUUCCUGCUGCUGCUCAACCCCCGUGGGGAGCCCCUGCCCCAGGGCAGCCUCAGCCACCCCCAGCUGCCCCCCCGGGCCACCCUGCGCCUCAGCACCCACCGGGGCCGCCCCCAAGGGUCCCUCGUGGAGCUGGGGCAGCUGCAGCUCCAGCCCUACGAGGGGGUCCUGCUCAGCUUCCCCUACAAGGCGUAGGGACCCCCCUAAAACUCACCUUUGCACCCCUAAAAAAUGCCACUCCCCACCCCCCUCAUCCUCAGCAGCACAAAACUGCCUUGGAAACCCCCCCCACUGUCACCAACACCCCCCCAAAAGGGCAUUGAGACCCCUCCCUGGCACCCCCAGAACAGCAGGAGGGCCCCAAAACUGCAUUGACACCCCCACAGUACCCCCAAAAUUUCAUUGACACCCCCACAGUACCCCCAAAACAGGGGAACCCCAAAACUGCAUCCACACCCCCACAGCACCCCCAAAACAGGGGAACCCCAAAACUGCAUCCAUACCCCCACAGCACCCACAAAACGGGAACCCCAAAAUUUCAUUGAUACCCCCACAGCACCCACAAAACAGGGGAACCCCAAAACUGCAUUGACACCCCCACAGCACCCACAAAACAGGGGAACCCCAAAAUUUCAUUGACACCCCCACAGCACCCCCAAAACAGGGGAACCCCAAAACUGCAUCCACACCCCCUUAGCAGGACCCCAAAACUGCAUCAACUCCCCUCCCCCUACUCCAAGCUCCCCAAAAAAGUUCAUGGAUCCUCUUCCACACCCCUAAAACGGGGAAAUUCCAUCCCAAAAUCCCAAAAUUCCGUCAACCCACCCCGAAUGUGGAUCAAUCCCCCCCCCUCAGCCCACACAGAACAGGGGAACCCCACCCUGGGACCCCCAAAAUUUCACCCCCACCCCCAUCAUUAGAGCCUUGGGGCCCCCCCAGCCCCCACAUGUGGCCUUACACCCCAUUUUUUGGGGAGGGGGAGGUCUCUUUUUGUUUUCUCCUCCCCAAAAACCAAUUUUUGGGGUUCCUCUUCUAUUUAGGGGUCUCUUUCCCCCCCCCCUCAAAACACACACACUCCCUUUUGGGGGGCCCUUGGAAGUUUUGGGGUUCUGGGGGGUUUCUUUCUGUGUCCCUUGGGGGGUGUUGGGGUUCCCCCUCCCAGUUGGUGAAUAAAUGAACUGCAUUUGUG